ACAGCUGUAUCUAGAAAAAUUAACCAAAAAAGGGAAAACCCCAAAGCAUAAACCCUUUUUACUCUUUCACUCUCACUCCACCUCUUCGUGCUCUGCAUAAACCCUAGAAUUACCCUUCCAUUUCCAGAGCUCACUCUGUGUGUGUUUUUCCUGAAGCCACUACAACAAAAUACAUAUAUACACUUUGUGGGUUGGAGUUUGAUCAAACAAAAUGGCAGCUGCAGCAACGACAGCUGCAGUAGAGCAACAAUGUGUCCCUGCUCAAGUUGUUGGAAAUGCUUUUGUGCAGCAGUAUUAUCAUAUACUGCACCAUUCUCCUGGACUGGUUUUUAGGUUUUAUCAAGAUAGAAGCAAAGUUGGACGACCUGAAGAUGAUGGCUCAAUGAGCAUCACGACUACAAUGCAAGCAAUCAAUGAUAAGAUACUCUCACUAAACUAUGGGGACUUCAAAGCGGAGAUUAGGUCCGUGGAUUCACAAGAAUCCUUUAACGGGGGAGUGCAUGUUCUUGUGACUGGAUAUCUGACUGGGAACGACAACUUGAUCCGGAAUUUCUCCCAAACUUUCUUCCUAGCACCACAAGAGCGAGGUUACUUUGUUCUGAAUGACAUGUUUCGAUACAUAGAGAAUGUCAAUCAAAAUGAUGUCUCCCAAGUCCUGGAAGAUGAUGUGGUGGCUCCUGUGACUCCUGAACAAGAACCCCCUCCAGUGCAGCAGAAUCACAUUUCCGAGCAGAGCACACCAUCAGUGGAGGAAGCUAAUGAGAGAGAAGUUUACGACCCACCUGAGAAUGGUGAUGUGCCUGUUGAAGAGGAAGUUCCUGUCACCGAGAUUGUUGAUGAAAUGCAAGACGACUCUCAAACGGUAGUUGAGUCUAAUUUCAAAAGUGAAGAUGCUCCUAAGAAGUCAUAUGCUUCAAUUGUCAUGCAUCUCAAGGAAAGUGCUGCUAGUUUUCCCCCUCCUCCAGCACCUGCUUCUAGGAAGCCCAUGGAAAGGAGUGUUGGGCAAGUGAAUCAACCUCCUAUAACAGCAACUGAUCGCCCAGCUUCCAGCUCAAAUUCUGUUGAUAAUGCAAAUAGCCAAGAGGGAGAAGCGACUGGUGGCUAUUCAAUCUACAUAAAAGGCCUGCCUUCUACUGCAACUGUGGCCUUACUUGCAAAUGAGUUCAAGAAGUUUGGGCCGAUCAAGAAUGGAGGCAUUCAAGUAAAAAAUAACCGAGUAUUGCAACAUGGAUUUUCUUUUGGUUUCGUGGAAUUUGAGGAAGCAAGUGCUCUGCAGAAAGCUAUGGAGGCAUCUCCAAUUUUAAUUGGUGGACGUGAAGCUGUUGUUGAGGAGAAGAGGUCUACCAAUUCACGAGGUUACUUUAGAGGUAGAUUUCCAUCUGGAGGGGCUUCUGGUUACAGGAACUAUGGAGUAAGAGGUCGAGGAAAUUAUGGAGGUGGCAGGGUUUAUGCUCGAGAUGAUUUUGGUGAAAGAACUGAGUUCAACAACAGAGGUGGACACCGUGGAUGGUCAUCUAAUCGUGGUGGUGAUGGAUACCAAUCAUACCAGCGAACUGAUAACCCAGGUGGCUAUGUUGCACGAACAAAUCAUGGUGGACGGAUGCUUAAUGGAACUACCUGACACAACAGGGUUUUUGCUACACCUAAAAUAGUAGAUUCAGUCUAUAUAAGAGCUGAUUUUAGUAGUUGUCUUUACAUCGGCAUAUAUCUAACAGUUGACGUUCCAGGUAGAAGAAGCUUUGUGAGGACCCUAUGAUAGUUUUUGCAAGAGCUCAUUUUGCUAAUUAUCAAUUCCUUAACAUUCCCUUUAAUUGGUAUAGAUGGGGUAGGAAUUGACUUCUAUGCAGUAUAUAGAGUAUCUAAUAGAGCAUUUAAGUCCCCAGAAAGUGAUUAUUCAGUCUCUUUUACUCAAUUGUAUGAGUUGAAUCAUUUUGGCAAUUGUGGAAAUGAGUUGAUGUUAGUUAUAAAUCUCUCAUGGAUUCUAUUA